CCUCAACAACGUCAGAUGAUAAACAUCUGCAUCCCCACUCCCAACUCUUCCCUCCACCACGCUACAGCGAAUCCUCAACACAGCCCAAGUACCGGAAAAGGACCCGCAUAGACGUCAAAUCUCGCACAAUGGCAUCCCUAACCUCGUACCUCCCCCAAACCCCGGGCCUCCUCCCUAAAUGGUUCCUCCUGCUCUCCAUAGUCUCCAUCGGCAACAGCAUCCAAGCCUACACUUCCCUCGGCCCCACCCGCCGCGUCUACUCGGGCACCUCCAGCCCCAGCAGUAGAACCCCCUCCUCCUCUUCCUCCCCAGUCAACCCCCUCUCCGCCCGCACCUUCGGCACAUGGACCUUGCUCGCCUCCAUCAUUCGCCUCUACGCUGCAUACCACAUUACGAAUCCGCAGGUCUACGAGUUGGCAUUCUGGACGUAUGCGGUUGCCUGGGCGCACUUUUUCAGCGAGUGGUGGGUGUUUGGGACGGCGAGGUGGGGGCCUGGGUUGAUGGGGCCCGUGGUGAUCAGUUCGGUGAGUUUGGUGUGGAUGUGGGUGCAGUGGGGGGUGUAUCAUGGGGCGUAGGAGGAAGGAGGGGAUCUGUGAGGAGGGAGCGGGGACUGAUGUAGGGAGGAGAAGGGAGGGUCUGAGGAAGAGGAGGGAUAUGUACUAUGGUGCUCGUCUGUAAGAGGAAGAUAAAUGCUCACGGUAGAACUUCUAUCGCAUAUAGCGCUCGAAUGUAAUGGUUUGCAAUGGACGGAAC